AUGGAUGCCACUCAAGUUGCCGAGCUAAGAGGGUUCAUCGACGAGUGCAAGUCGAAUCCCCGUAUUCUUCACCAGCCAUCUCUGCUUUUCUUCAAAUCGUAUCUUCAAAGCUUAGGUGCUCAACUGCCACCUGAAGUUAAAUCGGAGACAGGAGGAGAGGCUGAAAUGUCUAGUACUAGGGAGGAUUCAGAUUCCAGCAAACCAAGUGAAAAUGAUGACGAUAUUGUUGAAUCUGAUGUUGAAUUGGACAACGCUGAUGUCAUGGAACCCGAUAAUGAUCCUCCGCAGAAGAUGGGAAACCCUGCAGUUGAAGUGACAGAAGAGAAUCAGGAUGCUGCUCAGGUGGAGAAAGCAAAAGCUAUAGAGGCUCUCUCUGAAGGUAGGCUCAGUGAAGCAAUAGAUCAUUUGACAGAUGCAGUCAUGUUGAAUCCAACUUCGGCAAUACUGUAUGCAACUAGAGGUAAUGUCUACCUAAAAAUGAAGAAAUCAAAUGCUGCAAUACGAGAUGCAAGUGCUGCUAUGGAGAUUAACCCGGAUUCAGCAAAAGCCUAUAAAGUAAGAGGGAUGGCAAAGGCCAUGUUGGGGCAAUGGGAAGAAGCAGCAAAUGAUCUUCAUGUUGCAUCAAAGCUAGAUUUUGAUGAGGAAAUCGGUUCAAUUCUGAAGAAGGUGGAGCCAAAUGUGCACAAAAUCAGAGAGCAUCACAAAAAGUAUGAGCGCCUUCGGAAGGAAAGACACUUGAGGAAUGCUGAGCGUGAAAAGAAGCGUCAAGCUGAAGCCCUGGAACGAGAAGCACUGUCUGUUCUAAAAGCAGGUCAAGUCAUGGGCAUUCACUCUACCGGUGAACUGGACACCAAAUUGAACGCGGCAUCCAGAGCUUCUCGCCUGGCGGUACUGUACUUCACAGCCACAUGGUGUGGACCCUGCCGUGUCAUCUCUCCUCUUUUUACAAGCUUAGCUGAGAAGUAUCCGAAGGUUGCUUUCCUGAAGGCUGACAUUGACGAGGCCAGGGACGUGGCAGGGAGGUGGAAUAUAAGCAGCGUGCCUACCUUCUUCUUCAUCAGGAAAGGCAAGGAAAUCGACCAGGUCGUUGGUGCUGAUAAAAAUGGACUUGAAAGGAAGCUUCAACAGCAUGCUGCUGCUUAA